AUGAGUUGUAACAUUCACUCUUUACCUCUAAAAGCUACUGAUUCCGAAGAAAGAAUUGGUUGGUUUUCUGCUCACUCCUCAGGGGUACACUCCACACUUUCGGAAGCUGCCUCUGUAACUUCCAUCAAAUAUUCUCCUAUAUCACCACACGAUUUUGCUGUUACAUCGUCAACCCGUGUUCAAAUAUACUCAGCACAAAACUUCAAAGUAAAAAAAAGUAUAUCGAGAUUCAAUGAUGUUGCCUAUUGUGGAACUAUACGAAACGACGGUCAACUUUUAGUAGCAGGUGAUGCUACCGGAUUAAUUCAAGUAUUCGAUAUUAAUAGUCGAGCCAUAUUAAGAACGUUACGUGGACAUAACCUACCUGUUCAUAUUACAAAAUUCGCUCCGGGGAAUACCCAGGUUCUCUCUUGUUCUGAUGACAAAACAGUUCGUAUAUGGGAUAUACCAGGACAAGAAGCAAUUUCGGUAUUCAAAGAACAUCAGGAUUAUGUACGAGCAGGAGUGAUAAACGAUGAAAAUCCUCAUUUGGUUUUGACAGGUUCAUAUGAUCAAACGAUCAAGCUUUGGGAUAUGCGUUCUAAUUCUUGUACUAUUUCUAUGGUACAUGAUGCACCAGUAGAAGAUGUUUUGAUGUUUUCUAGAGGACCAACAAUUACUGUAUGGGAUAUUAUUGCAGGGGGUCGUGUUGUUCGUUCAGUAUCGAAUCACCAGAAAACAAUUACUUCUAUGUGUUUUAAUGAAUCACAAUCACGUCUUCUUACUGGUUCUUUAGAUCAUCAUGUUAAAAUUUAUGAUGUUCAAGAUUAUGAUGUAGUUCAUAGUAUAAAAUAUCCAUCUCCAAUAUUAUGUCUUGCUUUAUCUCCUGAUGAGAAAAAUUUUAUAACGGGAAUGACAUGUGGUUCAUUAUCUAUUCGUCAUCGAAAAACAACAUUACAAGAAAAUAGAUCUCGUAAAGAUAAACAACCAAGAGUUGGUUCUUAUCAAUACUUUACACGAGGUCGUUCAUAUAAAGGAACCUUGGAUGAUUUCAUAAUAGAAUCCAAAAGGAAAAAGCAUUUAGCUUCAUACGAUAAUUACCUAAAAAAGUUCCAAUAUUCGAACGCACUUGAUGCAGUGCUGAAAGAGACUACAACAGCUAUUCUAACGGUUUCAAUGUUACAAGAACUUAUUCAACGUGACGCGUUAAGAAUAGCGAUUGCAGGACGCGAUGAUGCUUCUUUGCGACCUUUAGUUAAAUUUUUGAUAAGAUGGAUAAAUGAUCCCAGAUACACAAGUAUUUUGUGUGAUGUCGGAGAAGUCUUGAUUGAUGUUUAUGCUCCCGUGAUUGAUAAGUCUCCUUUAAUUAAAAACAUGAUAGAAUCAUUGCGUGAUAAAGUGAGGGGAGAGGUCAAUUUACAAAAAGAAGUUGCAAAAGUAAUUGGAUCUUUGGAAAUGAUGGUAACAAACGUAACCCUUUCCGCAUUCCCUCGUCUUACACGUGCAUUGAACACGGAAGAUUUGCAAGGGAGUACAACCCAGCAUCCAAUCUGUCAAAAUGACCAAUAA